CACUAUUUGUGAGUAGGCUAAAGCUAGCGGAAAUUGGCUUCAGAAAAGUUAAUGUGAAACAGUCGAAAAUGCCUUCAGUAAAAACUUUUGACUUGAGUUACGAUGUUAUUAAUGAACAUGAUACAUUUUCCGAAGGCGACUGUAUAUCUGGAAGAAUUACUUUGGAGUUAAUAAAGGAAACCAAAGUGGAAAGCCUUUUCAUCAAAGCCAAAGGGGACGCAAAUGUCCAUUGGACGACACGUACGAAAGACCACACUAGGACUCACUCUGCUCACAAUCGAUAUUUCAAACUUAAGACGUUUAUGAUUAAUGAAUCUCCUAAAGACAAUAUACUCCCCCCUGGGAUCCAUAGAUAUCCAUUUGGUUUCAAAAUUCCUGAGGGAAGCWUGCCAUCAUCCUUCAAGGGUCCACAUGGCAAGAUAGUGUACAAACUGGAAGCCAAGCUGGUUAGGGGUUGGCUAAAGACACACGACUUGGUGAAGGAAAUCACCUUUGUCUCCAAGGCUGACUUGAACCAUGUUCUACUAAUGUCUCCUCAGCAUGGUGUGAAGAACAAGUCAGUUGGYAUAUUCACCUCAGGACAUGUCACCAUGGAUGUCCACGUUGAAAGGAUGGGUUAUAUGCCAGGUGAGACUGUGAAUAUCUGUGCAAACAUCGAGAACAACUCCUCCCGUGACCUUAAGCCCAAAUUCAGUCUGAARCAGAAAAUUACUUUCUUUGCUUCUGGCAACACAAAGAUAGCAGAGCAGACAGUCUGCAAAGUAGUCAGAGAACCUAUCCCGUCCAACACCCGACAACGUGUUGCUGGGUCAUUGAAGAUACCUGCUGACCAGGACUUGUCCAUCCUGAACUGUAACAUCAUAAGAGUAGAGUACAUACUAAAGGUAUACUUGGACGUUCCUCUUGCCACAGACCCUGAAGUCAAGUUUCCAUUGGCUAUUAUCCCUUCCUGCUUUCGGUCUGACCUAUCACCAGGCAGUCCUGUCCUCGGGUUUGAAGAAUUCGGGAAAGGUGGUCCAAGCAACAGUGACUUCCCUUGUGAUACAGCCUUUGGACCAUAUCCUCCUGCCUCGGGUCCAGGGGGAGGCCUAUAUCCACCUGUCCUGCCAGUGUACCCUGAACCUGYAGCYGUGGGAGGAAGUUAUCCCCCUGACCCACAGCCAACAUACCCAUACCCAACUCACUUGAUGAUGGAUCCACCUCCAACUGCGCCACCAUUUCAUACACCCCCGACUGCCCCGAUGAUGCUUUCACACCCCUCUCCUCAAGAGAUAGACCGACCCCCGUCGUAUUGUUCCCUCUUUCCUCCGUCAACACCUGAAACAUCACCCUGAUACACCAUAAACACUCAUCUUUGACAGAAGUUAUGCAACUGAUUCACUCCCAAUGUCAUUGUUGCACACACCAACAGACCUGUAAACAUUAUGUUAAUGAAGGAACAAAAUGCCAGGUUUGCGUCAGUGUUUCAAGUCUAUAGCAUUUAUGUUUGUGUGUUUUGAGCCAUAAAGAUUUUUUUUUACUGUAA